GAAAGCUUAGUCUCCACUCGGAACUUCCACGUAUCGUAGCCUUCACCGGCAAACUGCACGAUUCCUGCUUUCCUCGCACUGGACAUUCUGGAACAACUGUUGCACUUUUCACUUUACUUUCAGGUAUGGUGUGACUGGGCCCAUAACCUGUUGAGAACAGCGUUAUACACUGGUGGCUUUAUUUAACAAUAGUGAUGCUUAACCUAUUGACAACGGUUCUUUUAUACCCUAGUGGUUGUUAUGCAGUUAUUAUUUACAUCAUGCAUAGUAACCGUUGUUGCUAUGAAACUUAUAUGAAACAAACCUAGGAAACUAACUGGAAAUCAUAGCCUACCAAGGUUUUCAACAGUUAUUGAUUCGGGUAUCAAAUAGGAACUGAAAAGUAAGGUGGCUUUCACAAUAAAACGAUAAAUUUUGCCAUCUAACGUCAUUCGCCGCGCGGAAUAAGGGGAAUACUGUGACUUGGAUCAUCUCAUUGAAUUCGCCGCGCGCAAUAGAGGGGAAUAUUUUUUCACUGUAUACAGACGAUUUUGACCAAUUUAUAUAUCGGCUCACUGUGUCCGCCAGUUGCUGGCUGCGUACGGCUCGGUGGGAGUAUAGCGAGCGUCACCCAGUCGUCACUGUGUUGACGUUUUCGAUUUAAAUGGCACAACGCAGUAAGUCCAUCAGAAAGAAGAAACAGGAGCAGCAUCACAAAAGCCAACUGACUUUCGAAACGUGUGUGUAGUUAAUUUUGAAAACAACAGCUUUUUCGCUGAACAUUGGAUUGCAAAAUCGUGCGGAAGGUCGGGGAGUCGCCAAAAUUGUAAAUGAAAUGUUUCCGCGGAAGUGAUCACUGAGCAACAAGAGUGCAGUGCGAUUAAUAGAAUUGCGUUUGGCUAACGGACACUGAUGGCCAUGGAGGAACCACAUACUACUCCGAAAAAGAAUGGUAGCAGUCUGGGAAGCGAUGCAAUCUUCAAAACCCUUGAGAACUUUACCGCUCCGGUGAGCAACAGCCCGAAGCUUCCAACCAUAAAGGAUUUUUGCAUUGUGAAGCCCAUAAGUCGGGGGGCAUUUGGGAAGGUUUUUCUAGGUUAUAAAAAGAACGAUCAAAACAAGUUAUAUGCGAUAAAGGUGAUGCGCAAAUCUGAGAUGAUAAAUAAGAAUAUGGUAUCACAGGUCAUUACGGAACGCAACGCCCUAGCCUUAUCCCGGAGUCCCUUCUGUGUCAGUCUGUACUACUCGCUGCAAACCAUAUCCUCAGUUUAUCUGGUAAUGGAGUACAUGGUGGGUGGGGAUUUGAAAUCACUGCUGGCUAUGUACGGAUUCUUCGAAGAAUCCGCGGCACGAUUUUACGUGGCCGAGAUCUGUCUAGCUCUGCAGUACUUGCACAAACAUGGUAUCGUUCAUCGUGACAUCAAACCGGACAAUAUGCUGAUCUCAGCAAGCGGCCACGUCAAGCUAACCGACUUUGGACUGAGUCGGAUCGAGUUGAGACGAGAUUUGGAAAUUUCGGAUCUGAUAAAUUGCUCGCCCAACCUUCAUGCCCGUACCCCCGGGCAGCUGCUUUCGUUGACGUCCCAUUUGUCGUUUGGGUCGCACGAGAAGAAACAGCAGGAGCUGAUUGAGAAGGAACAGUCGCAUCAUUCGUUGGAAAACGAUUCCGAUGGGUCGUUCUCCAACUCGAAACAGAACGAGAGCAAAAUGUCUGGGGUGAGUCCGUUUUUCUCCGCCGAGCAAAACGCCAGCAUUCUCGAGGGCAUGAAGGAGGUGCGAGCAAUAGCGGAGGAUGUUGGGGAAGAUUUGACGUCGUCCUAUUAUACGUGCAAUUCCAGCGUGGAUGGAAAAGGAAGCAGUGGAAGCUAUGCAUCAAUUAACGGUAAUAAUAACAAUACUGAGUUUGAAGGUAAAUCUUUUCGAGGACAUUGUGAUAAACUAGCUGAGAAGCAGUUCGGGGAUAGUAACGAUAAGGAAAACGCCGACAGUAACAAUGGACAAACUGAAAAGGAGGGUCGAUUGAAAACUUCGUUUGAUUUUUUAUUGGGGCCAGGUCACAAAUCGAAGACCCAUCUCAGCAAUGAUUCGGGCGUUUCCAGUAGAAAAAGUGAUUUUUCGCACAUUCCAGCGGAGUUAUCUGCGAUUGAAAAGACAGAAAGUUCCAACAAUAGCAAUAAAGAAGAUUAUUCGUGUUCGGAUUUUUCUCGCAGCAUGAGCAUGAGUAACAUAAACGAUUCAUCAUCAACGAGGCAUGAUCAUAAUUCACCCAUCAAAAACAUGUCUCGUGGAUUCAAAAUGCCAGACAAUUUCAGGGGUAUCAAACGCAGACGGCAGUUGGUGAAUCGCGUCGAUUCGCUGACUUCCGACCCGGAUGGGAGCAGCGCAAGCACCGGACUUACACAGGAAAUUGAUGUGCUCGAAAUUGGUAGCAGCACCCCGAAAAAGCGGAAAGCUACAUCCCCGAUCAAGGGUGUCCUCAAGGUUCGCUCUCUUUCCGACGACGAAAUGCCCGCGAAUGCGCACCUAGGCAAUGUGAUGUUCUCGACGCCGGUUUCAUCGCAAAAAAUGCGUCGCGAUGGGGGACAGCUGGGAAAGCUUAAAAGCACACGGUUUGUGCUACCAUCUUCGGUAGAACAAUCGCACAAAGUGCAGGCAUUUAUUAAACUUCCGGAAGAAGCUGCCAUGUCACCGAUUUGCACGGCAUCCUCCGCGUUGGCGAACGUUGAACGAACUCCAAAAGCGGUGAAAACACCUUUCCGUACACCGAAAUCAGUACGGCGAGCUCCACUCGGUUCCGACGAGAGAAUCCUGGGAACGCCAGACUAUCUAGCCCCGGAGUUGCUUCUCCAGCAGGGUCACGGUCCCGCUGUAGACUGGUGGGCGCUCGGUGUUUGUUUGUACGAAUUCAUGACCGGAGUUCCUCCCUUUAACGAUGAGACGCCGCAGAAGGUGUUCGAGAAUAUUCUCAGCCGGAACAUCGAGUGGCCACAGGAUGAGGAAGCUCUUUCGCAAGCAUCGGUCGAGGCAAUAGAGGCAAUGCUGGAGAUGGAUCCGCUGAAAAGACCCCAAGCCGAUCGAAUAAUGGAGAUGCAAUUUUUCAAUCUAAUAGACUGGAAAAGUUUGGAGUUGGCGGAUCCUCCAUUCGUUCCUACCCCGGAUGAUCCACACGACACGGGCUACUUCGAAGCGCGUAAUGUUAUGCAGCAUCUGAAAGUGUCCGAAAUUGACAUUGAAUCCUACUAGCGGACACUGGGCGUCUCGCAAAAUCAAUAUAAUUGUUUUUAGUUUCUUGUUUCUUAUGGAUAAAUUUUGUGGAAUGUUGGAGCCAUACGAAAACGGAAUGCGUUUGUCUGGAAGUUCCAGUUUUAAUAAUCUCUAUUGUUCCAUAUAUGACUUUGAAACUGUUAUUUUUAUUGCUGGGAGUAGCUUUUAUGUUGAAUAAAUUCGUAUGCAGAAGCAAUCCUUGGCUAAAUGAUCCAGUCGGUGGCAGAGAAAACAAAUCUAUCUUUUUUCCUCGUUUCAUUUCUCGUUUCAAUGCUUUUCGUGCUUGCAGAUAUUGAAAAAGAUGCUAAUCUAUCCCAUCCAUCAAGGGGGGUGAGUGUAAAUGCGAAUGAAAUGUAGGUUGAUCAAGAUAACAUUUUACCUGUAGCUAUUCCUGGCACUAUAUCGUUGAUAGGAUCAGAUUGCAAAUAAGCUUUCCUUAUAUUCACCCGACAAAUAGUUACGUCUGGUUCCUAGCAUUGCUGCAAUCUCGGAUAACGGUUACAAAGUAGGUUGAUGGGUACUAUUCCUCAUCGUUCAUCUUUUAACAUUCAAGUGCUGAGUGCAAGUGGCGAAUAUAAAGAACAAAAUGAAUAUAACGCCAAUAAGAAUUAGAAAAAAAAUCGGACAGAAGAGUACCUCCGUACUUGAAUUGUAGAAUUAGUGUAAUUAUUGAUUUCAAAUGGAUCCACUUUGUCGAACUCUUCUCAAAAAGCAAACGUGUUAGAUAUGCUAGGUAUAAUUAUGUGUAGAUCUAAAUUCUUAUAUUAGGAUAAAACGACGAUAUGAUUGUUUGAUCGAAUUUUAACAAUUUCAAGUAAAAUAAAGAGUAAUAUAUUACAAACUUU